AUGGGUAUCUCCGACUUUUUCUCCGACAUUAUCUCCUCCUUCAGCCUCCCCGAGGCCCAGGCUGAGGCUCCCGCUGAGAACGUUGAGCAGCCCAGCAGCCAGGAGACCGAGACCGAGGAGAAGCCCGCUGUGACCGAAGAGUCGAAUAGUGAAGAGACCGCCGAAAAGACUGAGGAGUCCGCUGAGGAGACUCCUGAGGAGCCUGCCGAGGAGGAGCCCGAGCAGGAGGAGGAAGAAGAGGAGGAAGAGGAGGAGGAAGAGGAGGAGGAGCCUGAGGACAUCAAGCCCCAGCUCGAGGAGGAAUGUGCCAACUCCGCUCAGUGCGCCCCAUACAAGCACCACUUCGAUGAGUGCGUCGAGCGUGUCACUCAGCAGCAGGAGGACGCCGACUACAAGGGCCCCAAGGAGGACUGCGUUGAGGAGUGUAAGUGGCUUCUUUUCUUUAUCACUUUGGGACUUUUACUUUGGUGGCUGUGCCAACAAUACGUGCCUACGCAUAUCGAAUACCUCAAAAAAGCAAUCGUUAUAACGAAACUGACAUCCCCUGCUCUAGUCUUCCACCUUGCCCACUGCGCUUCCGAGUGCGCCGCCCCCAAGCUCUGGAAGUCCCUCAAAUAA